AUGGCAAUGGCAAAUAACAAUACACUAUGUUUUAUAUGUGAUGAAGAAAAAAUAACAUAUCCUUGUAAAGGAUGUUCAAAACACUUUUGUUUAAUGGAUUUAACAGAACAUCGUCAAAUAUUAAAUAAUGAAUUACAUCAUAUCGCCAAUGAAUACAAUGAAUUUAAACAAACAGUCAAUGAACAAAAAGAAAAUCCACAAAGUUUUCCAUUAAUAAAACAAAUUAAUCAAUGGGAAAUAAAUUCUAUUGCAAAAAUUCAACAAAAAGCACAAGAGUACAGAGAAACUGUCAUUAAAUCAUCACAAACAUGUAUUAAUGAUAUUGAAAUGAAGUUUAAUGAUUUAUCUGAACAAAUAAAACAAUUUUAUAAAGAAAAUAAAUUCAAUGAAAUUAAUUUAAAUCAUUUAAGAAAUCAAUUGAUGAAAAUGACACAGGAACUAAAUAAUUCAUCAAAUAUGUCUAUUCAUCUAAAUUCACAACCGUCCAUUAAUGAUAUUUCAAUUAUUUCAUCAAAAAUAUCGAAAUUCAACAAAUGGAAACAAAAUGCUAUUACUGUGGCUGGUGGAAAUGGAAAAGGACAACAAUUAAAUCAGCUUAAUUAUCCUGCUGCAAUCUUUGUUGAUAAAAAUAAAAAUAUUUUCAUUGGUGGUGGUUUUAAUAAUCGUAUUGCUGAAUGGAAAUAUAAUGCAAAGGAAGGUCAAAUUAUGGCAGGUGGAAAUGGGCAAGGAAAUCGAAUGAAUCAGUUGAAUGGUUCAACAGAUAUGAUUGUUGAUCUGCAAAAUCAUUCGAUCGUCAUUGCUGAUCGUGGAAACCGUCGAGUGAUUCACUGGUUGAAUCAAAAUCAGAAAAUUCUCAUUGACAGUAUUGACUGUCGUGGCUUGGCAAUGGAUAAACAUGGAUUUUUUUAUGUUUCUGAUACUAAGAGGAAUGAAGUGAGACGAUGGAAAAUGGGAGAAUAUAACAACAAAGGAAUUGUCGUGGCUGGUGGAAAUGGAAAAGGAAAUCAACUUAAUCAACUCAAUUGGCCUACUUUUAUCUUUGUUGAUGAUGAUCAAUCUGUUUAUGUAUCUGAUUACGAGAAUCAUCGUGUAAUGAAAUGGAGAAAAGAUGCAAAAGAAGGAAGAGUUGUGGCUGGAGGAAAUGGUGAAGGAGGAAAUCUUAAUCAGUUGUCUUCACCCCAAGGAGUAAUUGUCGAUGAUUUGGGCCGAAUCUAUGUGGUAGAUUGUGAGAAUCAUCGAAUAAUGCGUUGGUGUGAAGGAAAAGAAGAAGGUGAAAUUAUUGUUGGGGGACAUGGGCAAGGAGGUGGAUCAAAUCAAUUAUAUGGUCCCGCUGGUUUAUCUUUUGAUGAUGAAGGAAAUCUUUAUGUUGCUGACCAGUUUAACCAUCGAAUUCAAAAGUUUGAAAUUUUCUGA